UAAUAAAGGCCACACUUGGCAAUAGCACAGCCAACAUAUAACAUCUGCUUGUCUCAGUCUGUGUGUAAAGCUUGUCAAAUAUAUAGCUUUAAACAAUAUCCAUAUAAGAGAUAUUUGCAUCAACUUGUGGGUUUGUUUCGUCGGCGCUGGGCUCAAAUCAGAAAUGAAUUUCUUAGCGAUAGAUGACUACGACCGCGAAGGGAGACACUUACAGCGAGCCUUGGUGAGGCGUAACAUCGACAAGCUGACGUUCCGGGCUAGCGACACCGUGCUUGAUGUCGGCUGUGGCUCGGGCGAAGAGACGAAAUCGAUAGCGAAAAAAGUUGGGAGUGUGACAGGUAUUGAUGCAUCGUUUGAGAUGCUUGCCUACGCCCGUGCCAACAACCACGCCCCAAACAUGACGUACAUCCACGGCGACGCCCUUACCAUGGGGGGCAAUCUGUACUUGCAGGACCGAUUCGACAAGGCAGUCAGUUUUCUGGUUCUCAACUGGAUCGUGGAUCAGGCCGGAGCGCUCAGGAGCAUCUUGGCUUGUCUCAAGACGGGAGGGGAGGCGCUGUUCAUUGUGUGCAAUCGCACUCACUUGAUAGACGAGGCCAAUCAGUUCCUGCAGCACCACUCCAAGUGGGGUAUUUACGCGAAGGAUUUCAGGACUUCAUAUCACUUUUGGAAUCGAUCUAUCUCGGAAACCAAGUUACUAUUAGGAGCUUGUGGUUGGACAAACGUGCGAUGCGAACUGCAACACCACGAACCAAUCACGGAUGUGCAGACAAAACUUUAUCUGAAGACCAGUCUGGGAAUGUCAGCUCGGAUACCGGAGUCCGAGCAAGAGGCUUAUCUAGAUGACAUGUGGCAGUGGGCGCUGUUUCGGUAUGAGGAGCCGUCGAAACCAGAUCACGUCCGACUACCAGCUGAAAUGAUCAUUAUUCACGCUGCCAAACCGUUGUAGGGAACAUGGAUCAAAACACUCCAUUGCCCGCGUUUGUUCUACAGUUUUAAUAACAUGAAUCCCAUAUUAUGACUUUUACAAUGAUGCAUAUAACAAAAUGCUUAUUUUAUUUAACAUUUUUAUUAAUGAUCUACCCUCGUGUUUUAAAUCACCGUGUGCAUUAUCUGCUGAUGACACUGUUAUUUAUCGACCGGUUUUUACACCUUACGAUCAAAUUCUGCCGCAAAUGAUCUUGAUACAAUGGUUCAGUGGUGUGCUAACAACAAAAUGCGAUUAAAUCCCGUUAAAACUGAAGUGGUCAGAUUCACCUGCAGUAAAAAUCAUGAUGAGCCUGAAUAUAAACUGGCUCGGUGACACUUCAAGUUGUGAAAGAGAUCAAGUAUAUCUUGGUAUUAUUCUUAACAGCCAUCUUACAUGGAUUAAUCAUGUCAAUUAUAUUACCUCUCGCGCUAACAAGAUGCUAGGUCUGAUUUCUAGUAUGGCCGGUCGGUAUUUCUUUGCGUGCUCUCUUUUGUCUACAAGUCGUUGGUUUUACCGAUUUUGGAGUACGGUUUGCCAGUUUGGAAUCUACACACCCAAAAGCUCGUAGAUGACUUGGAGAGAAUACAAAGGAAGCAUCGCGGAUUGUUCUAAAGCAACGGAGAAUGGAAAUGUCUUACCCUGACCGAUUACAACACCUGAAUUGGUAUACACUAGAAUCACGUAGAAAAUAUCUGUUACUAUCCUUUAUUGCCAAGUGCUGAUUUAAGGAGGUCAACUGUCAAACAGUACUUCAUAACGUCCAGGUUAACAUGUGGAUGCGCUUAAGUUUGUACAUUUAGUUGCCAGAACGCAGAGGCUGCAUUUUAGUCCGAUGCACGCCUUCCCGAGACUUUGGAAUGAUCAUGUGUUUUUAUUCCUCCAUGGGAUGAUUAACUUCCCAAACAGCUUCGAAUAGAUUUUUUAACUGUUUCCUUGCAUACCUGGCUCCGCAGUCUUAAGGAAUCUAUAGUGUAACCUGUUUUAUCUCCACAUAUUAUUGUUAUUGCUUUAUAAACUCGCAUGGGUAAGACCUCAAGUUGUUUCAUGGGGGGGGGGGGGGCUGUCUCCCCCCCCC